AUGGGUAGCUUGGUCCAGAGGCAUGAUAACAUUUAUCGUCUAAUAAUGAGUUUGCCUGUUGUUGUUCUUACAGAUUCAGUGGGGUUGAACCCUGUUGUGUUUUGUUCUUACCUUCUGUUGCAAGGGUUUGCACUUUUCAAGGUUUAUACCAUCUUGCUUGCCAGGGAGAAGAUACUGGAAGACAUUGAACUUGUAGCCUUUGCUGCUUUGAAGAAAUCUUCUUCCUUUAUAAUCACAGUUUUGCGUAACAUUGGCCGGAAUGCUAUUUCCCUUCCUGAUUAUAAUCAAAGUUCUCAACUCAGAUAG